CCGCCGAGUCUCCUAUUUCUUCCUGUUAUCCGCCCCUUCCUACUGUAGUUCUGUUUUCAAAGCGGAAGGAGAGUUUUGCUUGGAAGUGGCUUUCAGAAACUUGGCACCCAGGUGCAGAGAGACUCGCCGAGCUGCUGAGGCUGAGUGGGGAAUGUGCAGACACGUGUAGGACAUAGAAGCUUUGGAUGCAGGUCACGCCUAUCCACAGUAAUGGCCACAGCCUUACCCAGGACCCUGGGGGAGCUGCAGCUGUAUAGAAUAUUGCAGAAAGCCAACUUGCUCUCUUACUUCGAUGCCUUCAUCCAACAAGGUGGUGAUGAUGUCCAGCAACUGUGCGAAGCUGGAGAAGAGGAAUUUUUAGAAAUCAUGGCGCUCGUGGGCAUGGCAAGCAAGCCCCUUCAUGUUCGAAGGCUUCAGAAGGCGUUGAGAGACUGGGUUACAAACCCUGGCCUUUUCAAUCAGCCACUGACUUCCCUUCCUGUCAGUAGCAUACCCAUCUAUAAAUUACCAGAGGGAUCGCCAACAUGGCUGGGAAUAUCCUGCAGUAGUUAUGAAAGGAAUAGCAGCUCUCGGGAACCACACCUAAAAAUCCCCAAGUGUGCCGCCACCACCUGUGUGCAGAGCUUGGGUCAGGCCAAGUCAGAGGUGGCAAGCUUAGCACUGCAGAGUGUCAGUGAGUCCAGGCUCUGGCAAGGACACCACGCCACAGAGAGUGAGCACAGCCUCUCCCCAGCAGACCUGGGCUCCCCAGCCUCCCCGAAGGAAAGCAGCGAGGCACUGGACGCUGCCGCUGCGCUCUCUGUGGCCGAGUGUGUGGAGCGGAUGGCCCCCACGCUGCCCAGAAGUGACUUGAGCGAAGUGAAGGAGCUGCUGAAGAACAAUAAGAAGUUGGCCAAGAUGAUUGGUCACAUCUUCGACAUGAGUGAUGAAGAUCCGCACAAAGAGGAGGAGAUCCGAAAGUACAGCGCCAUCUAUGGUCGAUUUGACUCCAAGAGAAAGGAUGGUAAACACCUCACACUGCAUGAGCUUACUGUGAAUGAGGCAGCCGCUCAGCUCUGUGUGAAGGACAAUGCCUUGCUGACAAGAAGAGAUGAGCUUUUUGCCUUGGCCCGGCAGGUUUCUCGAGAAGUUACCUACAAGUACACCUACAGGGCCACCAGGUUAAAAUGUGGUGAAAGAGAUGAAUUAUCUCCAAAGAGAAUUAAAGUGGAGGAUGGAUUCCCAGACUUCCAGGAAUCUGUGCCAACACUCUUCCAGCAAGCCAGAGCCAAGAGCGAGGAGCUUGCCGGUCUUGGGUCACAGGCUGAAAAGGGAAUGGCAAAGCAGAUGGAGCUCCUGUGCACCCAGGCCGGGUGCGAGAGGCUGCAGCAGGAGAGACGACUCGCGGCAGGACUCUUCCGGCAGAGCUCCGGAGAGCACAGCCCUGAUGGCCUGCCUUCUGAUGGCUCCGAUGGACAAGGAGAAAGACCUUUGAAUCUCCGAAUGCCUAGCGUGCAGAACAGACAGCCCCAUCACUUCGUGGUAGAUGGGGAGCUAAACAGACUUUACUCCAGCGAGGCCAAGUCCCACGCAUCGGAGAGCCUUGGGAUUUUAAAGGACUACCCUCAUUCUGCUUUUGCAUUGGAAAAGAAAGUUAUUAAGACAGAGCCUGAAGACCCAAGAUAGCGAGAUUCUCCCACUGUUCUCCGGAAGUGGCGCCCGAUGCAAGGAUAAUGCUCCAUCAUAGAUUAAGCCUUAAUAACCAGUGUUGCCUCAUUCAGCUCAAACAGAUCAUAGCCAAAGCAGAAGAACCCGCACAGCAGCAGCCUGUGGGAGCCGAGACGAAGGCACAGCCACAGCAGAGGAGAGCAGAAGAGCAUUGCAACGGAACAGACACUGACCAGUUAGCUCCCUGUGUAAGUUGCUCGUGUAGAAAGGCUCAAUAUUGUAGGCGUUCACUAUUUAAGAAUGUACAACGUCUUUGUAAUUUAUAGAAGCAAAUCUAGGUAUUGAGACCUUUGGUCUAAUAGAUGUGGAUACUGUUCAUUUUACUUGAAAUUUUGUUGUCUACUCUAAGUGUGUUUACCAUAAAUGUUACUUGUCAGCAUUUAGAACUUUUGCAGUCAUAAAAAGAAGGUGUAGGCAAUGUAGUUAUUGGCACGGUGACUGGAGAAAGAUGGAAGGCGAUGCUCAGUUUAUACCAAGGAAGACUGUGUACUUAAUACUUGAUAAAAUUGAUUAAUAGAAAAUGUGUAGUUGUCACUGAAUAAUGUCACUUCCAUUCAUUUAAUCAAUGCGCAAAUUAAAAAUUGGAGUAAUGUUUCCAAGAUGAGGUAGG